ACCUAAGUCCUUUUUAAUCACUUUCUUCGAGGUCCUCUUAGAUUUACCCAUUCCAGUAGUCCCAUCUACCAUCGUAAGCCUCUUGCAUCUUUGCAUAGGAGCGUCAACAUUCUGCUGCCUCACAUGUCCAAACCACCUCCACCUAGCUUCCCGAAGUUUGUCUUCCACAAGUGUCAUGCUUACCCGUCUUCAGCUGCGGCGAAGGCGCGAAGCAACAUUGAAGCAGUCAAGGCCGAACUCCAAAGUCAAGCAUCUAUUCGGAUCGAAGCCAAAACUGCAGAAGCUUCCGUCGCCCAGACCGCAGCCCCGGCCCUUCUCUCUCUCACUCUCAAAUCUGAAACAACGAAUCUGCCGAAUCCAAGCCCAACAAGCGGCUCCAUCUCUGAAUCCGACGUUGCAGUCAACGAAACCCUGUCUAAAUCGCAACUGAGACCGGUUCGACAUUGGUCACCAACGUCUCCUAUCACAGACCAACGGAAGCUGAAAGGCCAUUUUUUGUGAGUUUUUGGAUAGUAUGAAUUUUGAAUUCGAAAAGUGAAAGUGUUUGGAGAAAUCUAAAUGACGAUUGGCCUACUAUAAUGUAUUUGUUUGAGUAGGAGAAGGUUGUUUUGCUCGAACCUGUGAUAUUUAGGUUCGGAGAACAGUUCUUAAUCUGUAACUAUCAUUCGAUUCUUGUCACAUAGCAUGAUGGACUCCCUAUCUCAAAAUUCAUCUUUGCAGAGGCUUCAGAAUGUUGAAAAGAGGAUAGUUAAGGUUUUGGAGCUUGCGGGUGGAGUUAUGGAUGAACUGGCAAAGCCAAGCGGGCCUAGGAAGGAGCUCAUUAACAACCAAUGCAGCGAGUUUAUGCAACUAAUCAAGGUCUUUUUUAGUU